GCUUGCAUUCUGCACUGCUACGCCUUCUUGCAACUAACUAUCCACACCUCUGCAUUGUGGAAGACUGGAUCUGUGAGGAACAGAUCACGGGCACCGAUGCCUUACUGAGGAGGAUGCUUCUUACCAACAUUGCGAAGAAUCACUCUCCCACACAGCUCCAGGAAGCAUUUUCCAUGCUGCCUGGAAAUCAUACCCAGCUGAUGCAGAUCUUGGAACAUUUAACACUUCUCUCAGCUGGCGAAUUGAUCCCCUACGCAGAAGUUUUGACAUCAAAUAUGAAUUGCUUGCUGAACGCUGGAGUGCCUCGGAGGAUUCUUCAGACCGUCAAUAAACUUUGGAUGGUUCUUAACACUGUGAUGCCAAGAAGGUUGUGGGUGAUGACUGUUAAUGCGCUGCAGCCUUCAGUAAAAAUAAUCCGACAGCAGAACUACACUCAGAACGAUCUGAUGAUUGAUCCUUUGAUUGUGCUAAGGUGUGAUCAGAGAGUUCACAGGAGUCCUCCUCUGAUGGAUAUAACUUUGCACAUGUUGAACGGAUAUCUUCUUGCUUCAAAAGCUUACCUCAAUUCUCACCUGAAAGAAACGGCAGAGCUGGACAUUAGGCCAUCCCAAAACAACACAGUGGGUCCAGAGGCCCCAGAAGUUACAAGGGAAGAAUUAAAAAAUGCAUUGCUUGCAGCUCAGGACAGUGCUGCUGUGCAGAUUCUUCUGGAGAUCUGCUUACCUACAGAAGAAGAGAAAGCCCAGAGCAGUAAUACCCACAGUUUGCUGAAGAGUGUUCAUAGUACCCCAGGCCCUGAGAGUCCUGAACCAGAAGGAGAAGAAGAACAAGAUAGCUUGCUGUGUAACCUUCGAGAGGUCCAGUGUCUGAUCUGCUGUCUGCUGCACCAGAUGUAUAUAGCCGAUCCCAACUUAGUCAAACUAGUUCAUUUCCAGGGUUAUCCAUGUGAACUUCUGGCACUGACAGUGGCAGGGAUUCCGUCGAUGCACAUCUGUCUGGAUUUCAUACCAGAGCUCAUUGCGCAGCCUGAACUUGAAAAACAGAUAUUUGCCAUCCAGUUACUUUCAUUUUUGUGUAUCCAGUACGCACUACCUAAAUCUCUCAGUGUGGCUCGUUUAGCCAUCAAUGUGAUGGGAACCCUGCUCACAGUUUUGAUCCAGUCGAAGCGGCAUGCCUUUUUUAUGCCGACCCUGCCUUGCUUGGUGUCGUUCUGUCAAGCGUUUCCUCCUUUGUAUGAGGAUAUUAUGUCUCUGCUGAUACAAAUAGGACAAGUUUGUGCCUCUGAUGUUGCUACGCAAACAAGAGACUUCGACCCGAUUAUUACACGUCUCCAGCAACUAAAGGAGAAACCACAUGAGGCAUCAGGAUUUCAUAAAGAUUCAUCUAACAAAAGUUGUUCAAGGGACAUUGCAAGCAUGGACCCUGACGUUCAGUUGUGCCAGUGUGUUGAAAAUACUAUCAUUGAAAUAAUUAACAUGAGCGUAAGCGGAGUUUAGGAGGAACGCAGAUGAAAUUGUACUGUGCUAUUAGUCCCACAGUCUGUGGUGCCUGAAUUUAGAGAAAGCUGUGAAAGUGGACUGAGGAAC